UGAAACAACGUGAAAUCAAAGUUGAAAUAAUAGGUUGUUUACUUCUUUGAAUUGAAUUUCUGUAAUCACUUCAAUAUUUCCUAACUUAAGUUUGAUCUUAUAACAAUGCCAAGAUAUGGGCAACUUGUCAUUGGCCCAGCAGGAAGUGGAAAGUCAACUUAUUGCAGUAAUAUUGUGAAACAUUGUGAGGUUUUAAGAAGAACUGUACAUGUAGUCAAUUUGGAUCCUGCUGCUGAACAUUUUGACUAUCCUGUUUUAGCAGAUAUAAGGGAAUUGAUUAAUGUUGAUGAUGCAAUGGAAGACGACUCAUUAAGAUUUGGUCCUAAUGGUGGACUAGUAUUUUGUAUGGAAUAUCUAGCACAGAAUUUUGACUGGUUACAUGAACAACUGGAUGAUAUAGAAGAUGACUAUAUAUUGUUUGAUUGUCCAGGACAAAUUGAACUUUACACACACAUUCCAGUCAUGAGGCAAAUAGUGGAUGCAUUACAAAGUUGGGAUUUUCGAAUCUGUGGUGUUUUUGUGGUAGACUCUCAAUUUAUGGUGGAACCGUCCAAGUUUGUGUCAGGCGUUAUGUCAGCGCUGUCAGCUAUGGUGAAUUUAGAAAUACCUCAUGUCAAUGUGAUGACUAAAGUUGAUUUAUUAAGUAAUAAAGCUAAAAAAGAACUAGACAGAUAUUUAGAACCAGACCUAGAUAAUUUAUUAAGAGAAGAAUUUGAAGAAACAAAAUUUAACCACAGAUUUCAGAAAUUAAAUAGUUCUCUAGCUCAGAUGAUAGAUGAUUAUAGUUUAGUGAAGUUUAUACCAUUAGAUGUCAAUGAUGAAGAAAAUUUCAAUGAUUUAUUAAUACAAAUAGAUCUAGCUAUACAAUAUGGUGAUGAUUUAGAACCUAGAGAAGCCAGGGUACCAGAAGAUAUUGAUGAUACAGCAGCAGACAGUGGGUUUGAUGGACCUUGACAUUGGGGAUUUCGAUAAGGAACAUUUUUAAAGGACCUGUAAAUUUUUAAAAAAUACAUUUUCCAAGGAGUGUUGUGUGGUAUUACCUGGUGUUUGAGAAUUAGGUCACCUUAACCAAUAGUACCAAAACACAUUAUAUUUACUGAACUGGAGUAGCAAAAUUAAUUAGCUAUUGGAAUAUAAGUUCAAAAUAUGACUCUCCAAUAAUAUGAUGUGUAAAACUGUUUUAGUGUCCUUUUAUGUAAUAUAGAAAAGAUCAUUGCUUAUUAAAGCUGAAUAUGCAAUAAUGUGAAUUCAUUGAAGGAAUGUAAUCUGAACAAGAAAGACAAUAAAUUUGUUGCUUAUUUU